AUGGCCUGGGCCGACCAGUGCACAGGUCUCCAGGGCUUCCUGGUCUUCCACAGCUUUGGAGGCGGCACUGGUUCUGGGUUCACCUCCCUGCUGAUGGAGCGUCUGUCCGUUGACUAUGGCAAGAAGUCCAAGCUGGAGUUCUCCAUCUACCCUGCUCCUCAGUAUGCCCGUGGGCACUACACCAUUGGGAAAGAAAUCAUCGACCUGGUUCUCGACAGGAUCCGCAAGCUGGCCGACCAGUGCACAGGUCUCCAGGGCUUCCUGGUCUUCCACAGCUUUGGAGGUGGCACUGGUUCUGGGUUCACCUCCCUGCUGAUGGAGCGUCUGUCCGUUGACUAUGGCAAGAAGUCCAAGCUGGAGUUCUCAAUCUAUCCUGCUCCUCAGGUCUCCACCGCAGUGGUGGAGCCCUACAACUCCAUCCUGACCACCCACACCACCCUGGAGCACUUGUACCGUGGGGACGUGGUUCCCAAAGAUGUCAAUGCUGCUAUUGCCACUAUCAAAACCAAGCGUAGCAUCCAGUUUGUGGACUGGUGCCCAACUGGCUUCAAGGUUGGUAUCAACUACCAGCCUCCCACUGUGGUUCCUGGCGGUGACCUGGCCAAGGUGCAGCGGGCUGUGUGCAUGCUGAGCAACACAACAGCUGUUGCCGAGGCCUGGGCUCGUCUGGACCACAAGUUUGACCUGAUGUAUGCCAAGCGUGCCUUUGUUCACUGGUACGUAGGGGAGGGGAUGGAGGAAGGCGAGUUCUCGGAGGCGCGGGAGGACAUGGCUGCCCUAGAGAAGGAUUACGAAGAGGUGGGGGCGGAUAGCGUUGAGGGCGAGGACGAAGGAGAAGAGUAUUAACUUGCCUCGUCUCUUCCCUGUGCUGUCACUUCAGUUCUGUUUUCUCUGUUCCUGUAAAACUCUCCACUGUCCUGUAGCCAUUAAAAGUGCUCUUCCUA